GUCAAGUCGUUAUCUUACUGCUCUGCAGUUGCUUUCAAACUGUUUGUUGCACCAUUUAUGUGAUUCUGCUUUCCUAAUCAUUCAUCGUGUCCACAGAAGGCAACGAGCUAGAAACCGGUGGUCAGACCAUGAUCAGUGACGAGGAUCUAACGCCCGAGCUCCAGCGGAUCGCCGAAGAAGAGCUCGGCGAGACGGACGAAUCUCGAGUGGACGCGUUAGCAAGGCUCAAUCAGCUGCUCGACGAAGACCCGAAACUAAAUGCAAGACGAGACUGCCGUUUUCUUCUACGCUUCAUCCGUGUAAGGAAAUACAAUGUCGCCGCAGCACUGGCGACUGUCAAGGCCUAUUACAAGAACCGUGCGGCAUAUCUUUCCAUCUACAAUAAUUUCCUACCUUCAAACGCAAAGCACGACGCAAGACUUAUGUUUAUGAUCCUUCCACAUCGAGAUAUCCAUGGACGGCGAGUCGUGUUGAUGAAAGUAGGUUCUUGGAUACCGAGCCUCGUUAGUCACUGCGAAGCUCAGCAGGCAUAUUUUCUGCUCCUGGAGUAUCUGUCAGUGGACGCCUCGUCACAGACUGUUGGAAUCUCCGUGGUCAUGGAUUACAAAGAGCUGAGCAUGACUAAACUUUUGGCGCUGAACAUCGGUCUGUUGAAGCAAUGUGUGGAAUUUACGCUGAAAUGUAUGCCAGUCCGGCUGAAAGCGAUCCACAUGGUGAAUCAGUCGUACAUUUAUGACAUGCUGAUGGCAAUUGUCAGGCAUCUGCUCAGCAGGAAGUACGCCGAAAGGAUCCACCUUCACGGAACAAACUUUGAAGGACUGCACAAGGAACUGCCCGCUGAUACGCUGCCGGAAGAGUACGGAGGCAGCGGGCCCGCCUUGGACUUCGAAGCCUUUUGGAGUCUCGUGGUUGCGCAAGAACCGUCCUUCGUUGAAAACAAUGGCUACGGAUAUCUCAAAACAGAGAAAAAAGGAGCGAAACUUGUGAAGGGAGCAACAUAGGAGACUACCGUCGUCUGUGCUCCCCUCCUGUCAUGCUUGUUCGCAAGAAACGCGAAAACUAACGAAGAGACACCGGUAAAGCAACACAGGAACCCGUUUGAACCGACAAUAUGUUUUGUAAGAAUCUUUGUGUUUAUGAAGUUAAUUUUGAGUUGACACACUAAAA